AUGUGUCGCGCUGCGCAUUUGGGAGUUCUUGCUGGCGCGAGACUCGCUCCAUUCGCUCCUGUGUUUUCUGCUGGAAACUUGCUCCCCGAAAACCCAACAUUGCUCGUCUCACUGUGCUCUCCGGCCGCCCCUAUCUCCACAACGGUGCCGGGUGCUGGUUUGACGGACGUCAAAGAGCUGACUAGGAUGGAGCGAAUUGGCGCUCAUUCUCACAUUCGUGGUCUGGGACUGGACGAUGCUCUGGAGGCACGCACGACUUCCCAGGGAAUGGUUGGACAGCUGCAAGCCAGAAAAGCAGCCGGUGUGAUUCUAGAAAUGAUUAAAGACGGAAAGAUUGCGGGACGGGCGAUCUUGAUGGCUGGUGCACCUGGAACGGGAAAGACCGCUAUUGCGAUGGGAAUGGCUCAGGCGCUAGGAACGGACGUACCAUUCACGAUGUUGGCCGCGUCGGAGAUCUUCUCGUUGGAAAUGUCAAAGACGGAGGCGCUGACCCAGGCUUUCCGCAAGUCGAUUGGAGUUAGGAUCAAGGAGGAGACGGAGCUGAUUGAAGGCGAGGUCGUGGAGAUACAGGUGGACAGGUCCGCAACGGGAGCUGGUGCUAAGACUGGAAAGUUGACGUUGAAAACGACGGAUAUGGAGACGAUUUACGAUCUCGGCCAGAAAAUGAUCGAGGCUCUGAACAAGGAGAAGGUUUCUGCCGGGGAUGUGAUUACAAUUGACAAGGCGAGCGGGAAAAUCACAAAGCUGGGACGCUCGUUCUCGCGCGCAAAGGACUACGACGCCAUGGGCUCAGAUACCCGAUUCGUUCAAUGUCCGGAGGGAGAGCUUCAGAAGCGUAAAGAGCUGGUUCACACUGUGACUCUGCAUGAAGUCGAUGUGAUCAACAGUCGGACGCAGGGAUUCCUCGCUCUGUUCUCAGGUGACACGGGUGAGAUCAAGGCCGAAGUCCGUGACCAGAUCAACUCGAAGGUGGCUGAAUGGAGGGAGGAGGGCAAGGCUGAUAUUGUUCCAGGGGUCCUAUUUAUUGACGAAGUCCACAUGCUCGAUAUCGAGUGCUUCUCUUUCCUCAACCGUGCUCUCGAAGACGACAUGUCGCCCGUCGUCAUCAUGGCGUCCAACCGCGGCAUCACGAAGAUCCGCGGCACGAACUACACAUCGCCACACGGUAUCCCCAUCGACCUGCUCGACCGGCUGUUGAUCAUCAGCACGUCGCCAUACAGCGAGAAGGAGGUCAAGCAGAUUCUCAGCAUUCGAUGCGAGGAGGAAGAUGUGGACAUGACGGAUGAGGCGAAGGAUAUACUGACAAAGAUUGGGAUGGAGACGAGUUUGCGUUAUGCUAUUCAUUUGAUUACCGCGGCGUCGCUGGUUGCGAGGAAACGGAAGGCAACGGAGGUAGACGUCGAGGACAUCAAGCGCGUGUACACCUUAUUUAUGGAUGAACGACGAUCUGUGCAAUACCUCAAGGAGUACCAGCAACAGUUCAUGUUCAACGACUACCAAGAUUCCACCGAGGCGGUUCAACCGAUGGAGACGUAAAGCCCAUCAAACGUCCUUCCCAUGUGCUUAUUGUAAUGUAGUGAUCGCUUGAUAUACUCGGGCGCACGGGCCUUAUGAGACGCUCGUUCUUGUACAAAUGAUGAAACGAUGAAUAUCUCGAAGCGGAACCUUGACGCGUAUAUCCUGCUUGAAGCCUGGAACGCAAUUUUCGAUGUUGGCAGCCCUGGACGCUUUCAGAAUGGGUACUUUUCCUUUUCCUUAUCCUUGUCACAGGGUGUGACUUCACUGCCGCGCCUGAUGGAGCACGUCUAGACAUAUAGUAAACCCUGCCGUGCCACUUCCCAUCUACGAACGGCCCCGAGAUAGCGAGGCAUUCGGAGUCUGCUGAAAGGAAGCACUCGGCGUCCGAAGCCUCUGACGUUUUGGACGGCUGAUCCCUGAAAACGCGUCGACAUCGCAGGGAUCAAUCGCCCUCCCGCGGCUUGACCGGAAAGCCACU